CACUCUCUUGGGAAACUGCAGAGAUGGCAGCUGUUUGGAUGCUCGUCUGUGUGCUGACUGUUUGUCUGGCCAGAGAUCUGUCUCCCAAUGAGAUCUCCUUAAAGAAAGCCUUUGCACUUUUCCAGUCGAUGGAGUCCAUGUUAGACCGAGAUGCUAGAGAAGUACAACUGGAAACCAAUGACGUGGAAGCUGAGGCGUCUGGUCACCAGAAUCCUGAACAAAAGCCCCAGAGCGUCAACGAGACAACAAAUGUCCAGAACCAGGUCGUAACCAGGGACAACGGCACGACGGGGGGCGUCCAGAACCGGGUCGUCAUUAGGGGAAAUUCCACUGCGGGGCGUGACCUAAAAUGGGUCAUCAUAGGAGGCGACUCCACAACUGAGGACGUCCAGAACCGGGUCGUCAUUAGAGGAAAUGCCACGGCGGGGGGCGUCCAGAACUUGGUCAUCAUUAAGGACAAAGCCAAGACGGGGGGCGUCCAGAACCUGAUCGUCAUUAGCGAAACCGCCACAGCAGAGGCUGUCCAGAACCGGGUCGUCAUUAGGGGAGUGGCCAAGGAGGGGGACGUCCAGAAAUGGGUCGUCAUUGGGGUAGACUCCACGACUGGGGACGUCCAGAACCGGUUUGUCAUUUGGGGCGAAGCAACGACGGGGGGUGUCCAGCAGAACAACGGCACGACGGGGGGCGUCCAGCAGAACAACGGCACGACGGGGGGCGUCCAGCAGAACAACAGCACGACGGGGGGUGUCCAGCAUGAGCACAAAGUACUCCUGGAUACCCAUGAAGUAGACGAGCAGUUGUUGAACGGGACGAUGAGCGAAGAGGAAAAGUUCAACGAGACGACGAGCGAAGAGGAAAAGUUCAACGAGACGACGAGCGAAGAGGAAAAGUUCAACGGGACGACGAGCGAAGAGGAAAAGUUCAACGAGACGACGAGCGAAGAGGAAAAGUUCAACGAGACGACGAGCGAAGAGGAAAAGUUCAACGAGACGAUGAGCGAAGAGGAAAAGUUCAACGAGACGACGAGCGAAGAGGAAAAGUUCAACGAGACGACGAGCGAAGAGGAAAAGUUCAACGGGACGACGAGCGAAGAGGAAAAGUUCAACGGGACGACGAGCGAAGAGGAAAAGUUCAACGGGACGACGAGCGAAGAGGAACAGUUCAACGAGACGAUCAAUACAUAUCAUAGAUUCAUCUCGUAUUUUUUGAGUGCCUUGAAGAGCUCGAUAUCUGAGUUGUUAUCUUAGCAGCAAUAUAAUAAAGCGUGUAUACAUUUCUUGAAUAACAGCGUGUCAAUCCAAUGUUUGUAUUGCAAUGCUUGGCUCUUAUCAUGCAGACAUCUUCCCUUAACAGUCCAAUGAAAGCUCAUCAGGACUAGAACAGUCUUUAACUCUCAUGCUACAUAGGAUUAGCAUACAUUGGUCCUGUCAGUAAAAGGGAGAAGAUUAAACGUGCAAUGUUUUGAGAAAUGUUCAUUAGAAAACCUUGCCAUCCUUCCAAAUGCAGCCUUUAUUGCAGGUUAGUCUGAAGUAUGCACUUCUCUGUGCUGGACUAUAACAAGAUGCUAAAAAGGUGGUCUAUUAUAACAAUUUAGACUCAAAAGAAAAGUCAAGAAUAUAAACUUGGUAAACCCAAUUCAGGGUUUCUCAAUCUUCUAAACCUGUCACUCAAAAUAUAAAUGUUCAGUUUCAAUGUUCAAAUCUGUAUUUGCCAGAUAGAAACACACAUUUCUAAAAUAACCAUAUCCUGCUGACAACUGAAAUCAGCACCGUUAAAAAAUGCUUUAUUAAUAACUUACAUUUGCCAAACAUGACGACACAUUAGCGAGGACCUUUGAAUGUUUUCUGAAGUCUCGUAGUUUGUAAAUCGAAGGUGUGCUUCUUCCCAUUCCUGUAUUCGUCCAAGUAGCAUUUUAAAAACGUUUUUUUUUAA